AUGGCUCUGUGCGGCGACUUGGUGGCCUGCAGCGGCCUGCAGAGGUUCAGUUCCAAGCUGCUCCACCCUCUCCCGCGGCGUGCCGCGCGCCGCCCGUCCAUCUCGUGCCCGCGCCUGCCUCCUGCGGCAGCGCCCCGUUGCGCGCGCAUGCAAAGCAGCUGCGGCGAGGACGCGCAGUCACCCGCGCCUGCUCACCGGGGGCAGGGGCAGCUUCACCGUUCGUCUUUUUCUGCGUGUCCUGAGCCGAGGCCGGAGGCUGCGGCGGCCUUCAGCGACGUUUUUUGCGGCCACCGACUGAGCGUCCGCGUUGCUCACCACCGCGCCCGCGCGGGCGGACGGCCUGUCUGCGUGGAGGCCGCGUCAUCCACAGCUGCCCGUGCGCGCGCCGGAGUCGGUGUAUGUACACCUGGUCGGAUCCUUCGUGGGCUUCUGCUCUCCCCUCCCGGCCUGCCGCCUGCCUCAAAGCGCGUCUUGGGGUGCAGCGUGCACACCGCCUGUGAGGGCCCGAGAUCGAUCGCGACCCUGCAAGGCGCUUCACCGGCGGGAACGCAAGCGGGCGGAAGCGCCGCUGGCGGCGAAGAGGUGUCCAUGCACGCGCGCGCAGCCACCGAAGGCCCCAGCGCCUCCACGCGGAUCUGCGAGCACAAGAAAGCCGGAGGGGCUGCAGGGGGCGGCGCCGGCCUUUCAGCGCUCGUGCCCAUGGGGCUCGCCGGCUUCGGCCUCGGGUGGGUCGCCCAGAGCGUGUGGGAGGACGCCCGAUGCGAAUUCACACCCGAGACGGUCAUGCGAGUUCGGUGCACGCAGACGCGCGGCGACAGCGGCGAGAACGCCACGGAAGACACAGCCAAGGCCGAGUUCGAAGCGUGGACGUCCUUCACGUCGGGGCAGAAGGGAUUCCUGUCGUCACGACUCUACGCGCAGCCCGAUACAAGGAGGGUGGCGGAAGGCGACUCUGGAAAGAAUGGCGGCGGCGCCAUGAAGUUUCUCAUUCUGGAACGGUGGGCGACGGCUGCUGAUCAGAAGGCCGCCGCGGAGGCUGCGGCGAGGGUGAAGGCUGAGCUGAGUCAAGGAGGUGGAGCGGCGGGGAAAGGCCCGCGGGAGUCCGAGAAGCACGAGGCUCCAAAGGAGACUGCGCAGCAAGCGGCGACAGAGGAAAUCCAAGAGUGUAUGUGGAGCGCCCUCGCGGGCCAGGUUUACUUUUUUGACUCUCGUCAGACUGCCCCGUUGUGGCGCGCCGUCGCCCCGCAGUCGGGCGAGCCCCCACAAAAGGCUGCAUAA